UCCAAGACUGUCGGCAGAAAUGAAAAGCCAACAGAAAAGCCCUGAGCCAGAUGGAAGUGUUACCAUCAACGAGGAGGGGUCUGUAGCCACGGCAGAGGACCCGGCAGCUAUUGCAACCAUUCAGUCUGCUGCCACCUUCACUGACCAACCCAUUAAAUAUCUCUUCAAGACAGAAGGAGCAGGCGGGCAGGUGACCUACAGAGUGAUCCAGGUGUCAGAUGGCCAGUUGGAGGGUCAGACGGACGGAGCUGCAGCGGUCAGCCUGGUCACUGGUUUCCCAGCAACCACUCAGACUGUCACACAGGCUGUGUUCUCCCAGCCUGAGGGGUUGGAGGGAGACGGCAGCGCAGAGACACAGUACACCUACUACCCUGCCACCAUCGCAGACGCCACCACCGGCACCAUGGUAACCACAGUCCAGGCCUCUGACACACUGCUGGGCCAGACCACACCCACAGGGCAGCUUUAUGUGAUGAUGUCUCCCCAGGAGGUUUUGACGGGUUCCAAUCAAAGGACAAUCGCACCUCGCACUCAGCCAUACAUAGCAAAACAGGAGGCUCCUCGGGGUUCCAGAGACGAUAAACGGCGAGCCCAGCACAACGAAGUUGAGCGCCGGCGCCGGGACAAAAUCAACAACUGGAUAGUGCAGCUGUCGAAGGCCAUCCCAGACUGUAACAUCGACUACACCAAGACGGGACAGAGUAAAGGAGGAAUCUUGUCCAAAGCCUGCGAGUACAUCAAGGAGCUCCGACAGAGCAACCUGAAGCUGGGAGAAGAUAUCAGCACUCUCGAUCGUCUCAGGAUUGACAACCAGCUACUUCGACAGGAGGUGGAAGACUGGAAGUCCAAGAAUCAGAUCUUGAGGAACCUGCUGCGACAGCACGGCAUUGUGGGAUCAUCCAGCACAGACCCCCAGUGAGACGCCUGACGCCGCUGGGUAUUUGAAGACAACCAUGUAUGGGCCAAAAGAGUACUUGAAACGCUUUGAGAUACUUUAUUUGUGAUCAAGAGUGCAUGAAAGAGGGGGGAUAAUUGAACAUUGUCAUUAAAA